AUGAAGUCAAGGCGUCGAGAUGAGGUUGUACAGUUUUGUCGAGAGAACACACUGCUUGUCAUGACAAUGUUCUCCGUAUUUCUGGGUGUUGUUUUGGGAUUUGGUCUUCGUCCAUUGAAUCUUUCACAAGAAACACUUCAACUUAUUAAUUUUCCCGGAGAAAUAUUCAUGCAAGUUCUCAAAAUGAUGAUUCUACCUCUCAUUUUCUCUUCUUUAAUCUCUGCUCUAGCUCAAAUGGACGCCAAGGAAUCGGGACAAAUGGGUGCAUCUACAGUGCUGUAUUACCUGUCUACAGCUAUUUUAGCCACUUUGCUUGGUAUCUUCCUGGUUACGGUAAUCCAUCCAGGAGAUCCUUCAAUUAAAGGAACAGAGAUAGCAGAAGCACCAUCUGAGGGAAAUGUUUCCCCAUUAGACACAUUCCUUGAUCUCGUCAGAAAUAUGUUUCCGGAGAAUAUAAUUCAAGCAACGUUUGAGAGAAUGCAAACGACAUACGUGGCGAUACGUCCGAAGAUAGCAUCAAAAAAUGGGACCAAUAUAAUAGUGAAAAGAUCAAUUGGAAUGACAAAAGGAAUGAAUAUUCUCGGAAUAAUAGUCUUCUGUACUGGUUUCGGAAUUGUAAUCUCUCAAUUGGGAGAGCGUGCCAGAAUAGUUGUCGACUUUUUUGUCAUUUUGGAUGCAGUGAUAAUGAGAUGGGUUGUCACUUUGAUGUGGUUUGCUCCACUUGGAAUCACUUGUCUUAUUUGUGGAAACUUGUUGGAAUUGGAUGAUAUCUCUGAUAUUGCUUCUGUACUCGCUUUAUAUGUAUUCACUGUCUGUGCUGGAUUGGUUCUUCAUACAAUUAUCACUGUUCCAUUGAUGUACUUUUUCAUCACAAGGGAGAAUCCUCUUCCAAUUUUUAAAGGAAUGAUUCAGGCAGUUGUCACUGCUUUUGGAACUGCAUCAGGAGGAGCCACGUUACCAAUGUCAAUGCAAUGUCUUGAAGAUCACUGCGGAGUAGAUCGUCGUAUUUCUCGAUUCGUUCUUCCUCUCGGUUCAACUAUCAAUAUGGAUGGAAAUGCUUUGUACGAAGCUGUUGCUGUAAUCUUCAUUGCUCAACUCAACAACGUUCAACUCUCUCUAGCUGAAGUUCUUACUGUUAGUAUAACUGCAACAAUUGCUUCGAUCGGAUUAGGAUCAGUCCCAGCUGGUCUUGUUUCUAUCCUUCUCAUUUUGAAUACAGUCGGUUUACCAGUACGAGACGUGUCCAUGUUGUUUACUGUUGAUUGGCUUUUAGACAGAGUUCGAACUGCUGUUAAUGUUUUGGGAGAUGCUUAUGCUGCUUCAGUAGUGCAGCAUCUGUUACAGAAAAAACUAGACAAAGCAGAUGCUCGUCACGAUUACAAGGCGGAAAUCAAAGGAGAAAUCGAGUUAUUGAAAUCGGCAGCUACCAGUAGAAGACCAUCAUUUACAAUGUCGGAAGCAUCGAAAGAGCUGUUCUUGACACAAGCAAGAUCAGAAGGAAAUUCGAGAAUCGGAUCACGAAUUGGUUCACGUCGUCCAUCUUCCACCAACUUGCAUUUAUCCUGGCGUAAUAAUCCUAUUGAUCCUCCAUACACACCCCUACCUAACGAUGAAAACGUGUAA